UUCGUCGGCCGCGAUUUAAUCCACCGCGGCGUGGCGUUACGGGCGGUACAAAUGUUGCAACAAAUAAAUAAAUAAAAUGUUUUUCGUUUUUAUAUUCGGACUUUUUAUAUGUGGAUGUAGUGCUGUUCCUAAUUAUUAUGAAACAUAUACGGGAAAGCCGAUAUCGGAGGAAGAAUAUAAGCAGCAUGUGAAGAGAAAUACUUCGUUCUGGUGCACAAACGAGAUCCUACCAUGCAGUCCUCUGGAAGGACGGCGCGUAGACGGUUCCUGCAACAACCUAAAGUAUUUCACCAUGGGGGCGCCGCACACGCCUUUUUAUCGCUUGCUACCCCCCGUUUUCAGCGAAGGCUAUGAACCGAGGCUUACGAAGGCUGGAGAGAAGAUGCCGCUCGCUCGUGGUGUGAGAACAAACAUGCUGGCAGAGGGGCGGGUACCGGACCUCCAGCUGACACAAAUGUUCACACACUUCCUGGUCUUCUUCACUGGUGAUUUUGUAUCCUUGCAUGAUACUGUUAACUACAUCAUCUGGAAGCCGUACUGUUGCUUAGAGAAAGGCAAGCAGGAUUACGCCUGUGUCCCUAACGCCAUACCUAACGAUGAUCCCGUGCAUCGCUUCUCGAACGUUCGCUGCUACAACAUGACCAGGCCGGAGACCUACCAGUCGGUGAAAUGUGUGGCCAAUAACACGAUCCCUGAAAGGAUUUCAACAUCAACACCUCUGCUGGAUUUAUCCCAUAUAUAUGGAAACAGUAUGCGAUCUCUGAAUGAAAAGGGAAGGUUAUUUAAGGAUGGCCUGCUAAAAUUCGAAAUUGAGGCUGGCAAAAUAUGGCCACCAAGCUCGAAGGGCCCUAAUCUGUGCUAUGCGAACCAGAAACCUCACGAAACAAGAUGUCAUGAUACACCCGAAGACGGUCCCAACACGAUUCUGGGCAUAAACCUCAUGACCAUCUGGAUUUGGCGGUACCACAACAUAAUAGCUUCAGCUCUGAGCAGCAUCAACCCUUGCUGGAACGACGAGAGACUGUUCUUUACGACUAGGGAAAUAGUUAUUGCUUCUAUUAUGCAGAUAUCCUUCUAUGAGUUGUUGCCUGCAAUCAUGGGUUAUAACAACCUCGUUCACGAUGGCGUCCUUUGUCCAGACCUGGGCUUUAGAGAUAUUUAUAAUGAGAAUCUUCCGCCGCAGAUUUCUUUAGAAUUCCCAUUUGCAUGGAGGUGGACGCAUACUAUCCAAGAGGGGGUUGUCAAACUAUAUGAUGAUAAAGGGUACCACUUGAAAGACACAAAACUAGUGAAUAUGACGCUAAGAACUGGCUAUCUGGUGGAUAACAUAGACGGUAUAACUCAGGGCGCUAUCCGUCAGGCCAAUGCUAAAUUUGAUUAUGUCGUGGAUCCUGACAUGGCCGAAGUCGUGCUUGGUCCACAUCAACAUGCCUCAGAUGUAUUUACUAGUGACCUUGCUAAGAACCGGCAAUUCUUAUUCCCUCCCUAUAUUAAAUAUAGAGAAUUCUGUUUCGGCAAAACUAUUAAUAGCUUCAAUGAUCUGCUUGAUGCAAUCGGUCCUGAGAGGCUGGAACUAAUCAGAGAGAAGUAUAAAGCUGUGGAGGACAUAGACCUAAUCGUUGGUUUGUGGUUAGAGAAUUACAUCCCCGGAGGCCGCGUACCUAGCACCUUCUAUUGUAUUAUAGUCCAACAAUUACUGAGAUCCAUAGCUUCGGAUAGACAUUGGUAUGAGCGACCGAAUAGACCAAAUGCUUUUACCAUAGAUCAAUUGUUGGAGAUUAGAAAGUCGACGAUAUCAGGAUUGUUAUGCAGUGUAGCAGAUUCAAUAACGGAAGUGCAACCGCGUGCAUUUUAUAGGGCUGGUCCUGGAAACGAAAUGGUGAGCUGUGAUCAAAUUCCUAAGAUGAAUAUUUGGGCUUGGCAGGACCCUACGUGUAAAACCAACCCCUAUCAAUUCAAACAGUCAUAAUCCAUGUGUUACAAUAUCUACUUGUAAAGAGGUUAAUCAUUUUUUAUUAAUCACUUUUAAACUUCCA